GACUUCCGGCCUCAGGAGCACUUCCGGCCAGAGCCGGAAGCUGCCCUGGGCGAGGCGCUGAGGGGUCGGCGCUGGGACCGCCCUGGCCGGCCGCGGGCAGGUCUCCUCACACUUUGGAUUCUGGCUGUAUGACAAUGACUGACACUUUGACAUCAGAUGUCAUUGGUCGGAGAGUUGAAGUUAACGGAGAACAUGCAACAGUGCGUUUCUCUGGCGUUGUCCCUCCGGUGGCAGGACACUGGUUAGGAGUGGAAUGGGACAAUCCUGAGAGAGGAAAGCAUGAUGGAAGCCACGAAGGGACUGUGUAUUUUAAAUGCAGGCACCCAACAGGGGGAUCCUUCAUUCGUCCAAAUAAAGUAAAUUUUGGAGUAGACUUUCUCACUGCAAUUAAAAACCGCUAUGUGUUAGAAGGAGAACUGGAGGAAGAGGAAGAAGAGGAAAUUGUGACAAUUGGCAAUAAACCUGUAGAAACUGUUGGUUUUGACUCUGUUGUAAAACAGCAGAGUCAGCUGAGCAAGUUGCAAGAAGUGUCCCUGAGGAGCUGCGCAGUAAACGGUGCUGGGGACCGAGGAGGAAUUGCGGCCGCCUGCCCUAAUAUUAGAAGCAUAGAUUUGUCAAAAAAUCUACUGUCAUCAUGGGAUGAAGUCGUAGCAAUUGCCGACCAGCUCAGACGCCUGGAAGUUCUUAACCUCAGUGAAAAUAAACUGACAUUUCCCUCUGGCUCACCACCUCCAUCCGGAACAUUCUCUGCACUGAAGGAGCUGGUCCUGAACCGGACGGGGAUAACCUGGGCUCAGGUGCUCUGCUGUGCCUCUGGGUGGCCAGUCCUGGAGAAGCUGUACCUUGAGUCCAACAAUAUCAUCAUUUCAGAAAGGCCCGUGGAUGUUCUGCAGACGGUCAAGUUACUAGACCUUUCCUCUAAUCAAUUAAUUGAUGAAAACCAGCUGUUUCUAAUAGCACAUCUGCCCAGAUUAGAGCAGCUCAUCCUUUCUGACAUUGGGAUUUCUUCCAUACAUUUUCCGGAUGCUGGAAUUGGGUGCAAGACGUCCAUGUUCCCGUCCUUGCAGUACCUCGUUCUAAAUGACAAUCAGAUAUCACACUGGUCGGUUAUCAGUGAGCUGGACAAGUUGCCGAGCCUGCACGCCCUGUCGUGCGCCAGGAACCCCCUGACCGAGGGCGGCAGAGACGCGCAGACCACCCGCCAGCUCAUCAUCGCCAGGGUCGGUCAGCUCCGAACCCUCAACAAGUGCGCGGUGAGCGGGACGGGCGGGCCCGCGGGAGGCGGGGGCGGGGGCGGGCUGCGUGGGGCCCAGGGAUUACCUGCGUGCUUCUCUCUGCAGUGGGCUUUGGGUUUAUUUCCUCCUUUUGUCUCUACCACAGAAUACGGUGCACCUGAGGAUGGGGAGCUCAAAACGCAACAGCCAUUUCGGCUCAAAAACCAGCUACUAACCCUGAAGAUAAAAUGUCCUAAUGAACUUGAUCAGGAAGUCGUAGAGAAGCCCCUGCCAGAAUCCAUGACCAUCCAGAAGGUGAAAGGCUUCCUGUCGCGUCUCCUCAAGGUCCCCGUGGCGCAGCUGCUCCUGUCCUACGAAAGUCCCAAAAUGCCGGGCAGGGAGAUUGAACUAGAAAAUGACCAACAGUCAUUACAGUUUUAUUCUGUGGAAAACGGAGACUGUCUGUUAGUGCGAUGGUAACAGCCAGCUGAUAAACCUCAGAGGUUAGCCCGCUCGUGGUGGCUGGGUUCCUGGGAGACGAACGGCUUACGGGCUGUGCUGUCAGAGGCUUUACGGCGUGCCCUGAGUAGAGAACAGCUCGUGUCUGUAGAGGGAAGAGACCAUUUCUAGGCUUGUACGUAGCAGCAGUAAUAAAGCCUCUGCCCCCGCUA